UUGGAGAACCCUUUAAUUGCGGCUGAGCUGCAUCAGAGUGGCCUCUCUCUUGGGAGCGUCUUUUUUUGGUUUUGUUAAUUGCUAGCACUCCUUUCAGCUCUUAUUUUAUUUCAUGCUCUCUGUCUCAACUCGAAUCAUUGGGCAAAGUUCAAGGUCAGUUCUUCUCAGAUUGAACAAUCCAGGAGUGGUGGAGUGGUUUAGGUUCUUCAACCUCCAUUUUCUUUAUUCUUUCUUCAUGAAAAUUUCUUAUUUUAUUUUCUCAUCUCAUUUUUAUUUCUCUCUUUCUGACCCAACUACCUAAACGGGGCUUUAUCAUUCACCCAGUUAAUAGAUUCCCACUUCCAUGGAAAAAGCACUUUCUUUGAUACCAAAUUUCAUGUAGUUUUUUUUCCCUUUCUCUGUCAUAAUUUCAUUCAGAUCCCCCAAAGUCUCUUCAUUUUUGCCAUUUUAACUUGCUUUGAUCCGAACCCAUCCCCUAAAAAAUGUCAGACUCUAAUCCGAGCACACCAUUGGGCUCUCAACCUCCACCACCAUCGUUAUCAUCAUCAUCUUAUUCCAGAAAACUUCCAGAUUUUAAGCAAUCUGUUAAGCUCAAAUACGUGAAGCUUGGCUAUCAUUACCUCAUAACUCAUGCUAUGUACCUAUUUCUUUCGCCACUCCUCGUUGUUAUCGCUGUUCAAAUCUCAACAUUUUCCCUCCAAGACCUCCAUGACCUUUGGGACCAUCUUAGAUUCAAUCUCAUUUCUGUAAUCGUUUGCUCCACGCUUUUAGUUUUCUUGUUGACCCUUUAUUUCUUAACUCGUCCCAAACCUGUUUACCUUGUUGAUUUCUCGUGUUAUAAACCCGAUAAUGCCCGGAAAUGCACGAGGCAGAUAUUCAUGGACAGGUCCCGUUUGAUAGGGACAUUCACUGAGCAAAACCUCGAGUUUCAAAGGAAAAUUCUUGAGAGAUCAGGACUUGGGGAAUCAACAUAUCUCCCUGAAGCAGUUUUGAGAGUCCCACCAAAUCCAUGUAUGGCAGAGGCCCGGAAAGAAGCUGAGAUGGUUAUGUUUGGGGCACUUGAUCAGCUCUUUGAGAAAACUUAUUUGAAACCGAAAGAUAUUGGGAUUUUGAUUGUGAAUUGUAGUUUGUUUAAUCCGACACCAUCGUUGUCUGCCAUGAUUAUCAAUCACUACAAGCUUAGGGGGAAUAUUGUUAGUUAUAAUCUAGGUGGGAUGGGGUGUAGUGCUGGUUUGAUCUCGAUUGAUCUUGCUAAAGAUCUUCUUCAAGUGCAUCCCAAUUCGUAUGCAUUGGUUAUUAGCAUGGAGAACAUUACUUUGAAUUGGUAUUUUGGAAAUGAUAGAUCGAUGCUCGUUUCAAACUGUUUGUUUAGAAUGGGAGGAGCUGCAAUCUUGCUCUCCAACAAGAGGUCUGAUAAAAGGCUAUCCAAGUAUCAAUUGGUCCAUAUGGUUCGAACCAACAAAGGGGCUGAUGACAAGUGCUUCACUUGUGUUACUCAAAAAGAGGAUGACAUGGGGAAAAUCGGAGUUUCGUUGUCAAAGGAUCUCAUGGCAGUUGCUGGGGAUGCUCUGAAGACUAACAUCACAACUUUAGGCCCGCUUGUGUUGCCAAUGUCCGAACAAUUGCUCUUUUUCGCCACAUUAGUCGGGAAAAAAUUGUUCAAGAUGAAGUUGAAGCCUUACAUCCCAGACUUCAAAUUGGCUUUCGAGCAUUUCUGCAUUCAUGCUGGAGGAAGAGCUGUGCUGGAUGAACUAGAGAAGAAUCUGCACCUUUCGGAUUGGCAUAUGGAGCCUUCAAGGAUGACGCUUCACAGGUUUGGCAACACUUCAAGCAGCUCUCUUUGGUAUGAACUAGCUUAUACAGAAGCCAAGGGGAGGAUAAGGAAAGGAGACAGAACAUGGCAGAUAGCAUUUGGUUCUGGUUUCAAGUGUAACAGUGCAGUGUGGAAGGCUUUAAGGACCAUGAAUCCAGCAAAAGAGAAGAACCCGUGGAUGGAUGAGAUCCACCACUUCCCAGUGAAUGUUCCAAAGGUCUCUGCCCUCCAAUCUUAAUUGAAGUUUCUCAAUUGUUUAAACUUUGAAUGGGAAUGUGGAUGGUACUAGUUUGUAGGAUAUUCAAGGUGUUAGUCUUUUGUGGAGUCGAGUCACAGUAGAUGAAAAAUUAAUUGACCUUAUUCUCUAAACUUUUCAUGUAUGUUUUUUUCUCUAAACUUUUCAUGUAUUUUUUUCCAUAUAGAGUAUGACAAGGAGGAGGUUGUGUGUCGCAUGUUGUUAUUUGUUUGAGAGUUAGGGCACUUGGCAAGCAUCGUUGGAGAAAUGUUCUUUUCUUUCGUUAGUCUCAUUUUCUUAUGUAGCAAAUGGAAUUUGAUUGAUCUC